AUGAUCUCGACGAAGAGAAACCGAGCAUGGGUUUUGGUAAGCAUAUGGGUGAACGCUGAACAGUCUGAUGCUGAGGAUAAGGCGCUCACUGGACGGACGGUUAUCAUGGCAGCCGAUGAUAUUACAGACAAAUCAGAGUACCAAGAGCACGUAGGCGAAAAGAGCUAUGCUCAGGGCGACAAGGCGUAUGAGAAGGGUCAGAAAAACAGCAACCAAGUAAAGGGUAAAGAUAUGAUGGGUGAUGCCGGAACAGCAGCCCAGGCAAAGCGUUCGGGUAUGCAACUCGUGAAAAACGCCGGAAGGGUAACCAGAGAACGACGCGGUUAUAAGGACAAGGAGAGUGACGAGGAAAAGAAUGAGGGAAAGGAUGGGGAGAAAGAUGAGAAGGAUGAAAAGGAAGCGACGUAA